UGUUGUAGAUACGACUCUUCUGCAUAGCAAAUGUGUUUUAGAUGAGCACUAAAGCCAAGAGGUUUGGCACUAACCAAAAGAUUAAUGAAAUACUGAUCAUCAGUAACAACCCUUUUUCUCCAUGAUGGGAUAUUGUCAUGAUUCCAAUAUAAUAAAAAAAAGCUGUGUAAGUGCUGAUUUCUGGUUUAGCAGAUCAAUAUUGCAAAGUGAGUAUAGUGAGUGAGUGGCCAAGCUGAACUCUAAAUAUAGACUGAGAGGGGCAGUGUGUUUCACAGCUAUCUUCAUGGGUACUGCAGGACUCGACAGGCUCCUAUGGGACUAAAAGUAGAGAGGAACUGCAGAACAAGUUUUCUUCACAUGAUUUUCACUGGCUGAUUUCUUCCAUACUGGCACAUUACCUGAAUGCAAUUAUGUUAGACAAUGGAGAGGCCUUCCUUGGAAUUUAACCUGCCUGAUGGUCAUGAAGAAGGAAAACUUUAUGUAGUUGAUUCCCUAAACAACCUAAACAAACUAAAUGUUUGUCUAGAUGAAUCCCAACAUCCACUGGAUGAGGAAGAGAACACUGGUGGUACUGCAGAAAGUACGGCAGGGAGCAACGCAAGAAACCAGCGUUUGUUCUUCGUCACCCUUAUUCUUACUUUGACCGUCAGUUUGGCACUUGUUUCAUUUGUAAUAUUCUUAGUAUUUCAAACUAGAAAUGAGGUGGACCAAAUAUCAAGCAGACUACUAUCUGAAAAGAAGAACAUAGAGGAGCUGAAGAAACUUAACAAUAUUAUAUUAAAGCAUCUGAAUCAAUCCAGAAUUAAGGAAAAGCCUUCUGAUCUUCGUGAUUACCUCUUUACCCAUGCUGAGCUCAAAGUCCCUGGAGAAUAAAUCUUCUUUGGAAAGAAAUUCAGCAUAUUCAUAAGACAUGUUCACAUAUGGCACACAUGUUGCUGAAACAUGGUUGCUGAAACAUUGCUGGAAAAGCCAGCUGAAUUAAAAAUAUUAGCAGUUAAUAUUUUACCCUGUUUUACGUGGACAGAGAUUUGUAAUACUAAGCCCAUAGGAUUCACAAUAAACAAUGGAUUGUCAGUCUGGAGCAAACUUCCAGAUUCCCUGUGCAUUUUAAAUCACAGGGGUAAGGGCCUAGUUUUACUUUAAAUGUAAGUGAAUGAUCACAGAAAAUCACAAGUUCUAUUCACAUGAUUCCAGCAUGACCUUGUUCACUUAAUUAUUCUUCUGUUACCUUUGUACAAGCUUUCUGUUUGUUUCCAUUAUUAUUUGUAUUUAAGGAUAACUUCAGAUUUCAUGACUUAAAAUAAAUCAAUUUCUGGUCUAGA